GCGAACACGCAUGCGCUCAACAGCAUACCUGCAUCCCAGUCGCAAGCGGGAUUCUGAGCGAAAAAAUUAUAAAUUUCUUAAUGCUUUGUUCCGUCUCACAUCUUUUGAUGCUUCCUUAAAAAAAAAAAAACAACAUCAAACAGCAACAACAAAAGACUCUUGUGACUAUAAAUUGAAAGCUUGUUUGGCCCCAAAUCGCAAAAGAACAAGAAAACGUCUCAACAAAGCACCUACCUCCCUCCAAAUCAGUGAAAAUGACCGGCGUAUCCUACCACAUCGCCAAUCUGCUGGAGAAGAUGACUUCCAGUGAUAAAGAUUUUCGUUUUAUGGCUACAAAUGAUCUGAUGGGAGAAUUACAGAAAGAUUCCAUUAAAUUGGACGAUGAAAGUGAAAGAAAGGUUGUAAAAAUGCUUUUAAAAUUGCUUGAAGACAAAAAUGGUGAAGUUCAGAACUUAGCUGUAAAAUGUAUGGGUCCUUUGGUGAAUAAGGUGAAGGAGUUUCAAGUUGAAACAAUAGUGGAUACCCUGUGCAGCAAUAUGUUAUCAGAGAAAGAACAACUGAGAGAUAUAUCAAGUAUAGGACUGAAAAUUGUAAUUAGUGAACUGCCUCCAUCCUCUACUUCCCUCGCUGGUAGUAUCUGUAAAAAAAUUACAGGUCGAUUAACCAGUGCCAUUUCUAAAGAAGAUGUCUCUGUCCAGCUUGAAGCUUUAGACAUUUUGGGAGAUCUUCUCAGUAGAUUUGGAGGUUUACUAAUCAACUUCCAUUCCACCAUUCUUCAGUCACUACUUCCCCAAUUAUCAAGUUCACGUCUUGCUGUACGAAAGAGAGCUAUUGUUGCUAUUGGCUAUCUUGUAAUGAGCUGCAAUAAUGAAUUGUAUCAGGAGUUAAUUAACUUCUUGUUAACUGAGCUAGAGAGAAAUGGUUCUACCUCUACUACACGUACCUACAUACAGGCUGUUGGUGCCAUCAGCCGCCAGUCUGGCCACAGAUUUGGUGAAUACCUUGAUAAAAUGGUUCCUUUGGUUGUUGGCUUCUGUCGAGAAGAAGAUGAUGAAUUACGGGAAUAUUGCUUACAAGCUUUUGAAUCUUUUGUACGCCGCUGCCCCAAAGAAAUCACUCCUUUUGUGGAUCAAAUUACACCAAUUUGCUUGAAGUACAUCUGUUACGAUCCAAAUUAUAAUUAUGAUGAAGACGAAGAGAACGAGUCUAUGGAUAUUGGACAUGAAGACGAAGAUGAAGAAGAUUCUGAAGACGAAUACAGUGAUGAUGAUGACAUGAGUUGGAAGGUACGACGGGCAGCAGCCAAAUGUCUUGAUGCCAUUAUUGGAACCUGGCAUGAAAUGUUACCCGAUUUUUAUAAAAACCUCUCUGCUGCUCUCAUUGCCAGAUUCAAAGAAAGAGAAGAAAAUGUGAAAGCUGAUAUUUUCCAUGCCUACAUCACAUUACUUCGUCAGACCAAACCUGUUGUCUCAUCCGGACCCGACUCCAUGGAUCAUGAAGAGGGUCCCGUAGCAAUGUUACAAGCUCAGGUUCCCAGUAUUGUGAAAGCAAUUCAUAAACAGAUGAAAGAAAAAAGUGUGAAAACUCGUCAAGGUUGCAUUGGUCUGUUGAUGGAGUUAGUUCAGGUGUUACCUGGAGCAUUGACUAAUCACAUGCUAGCACUUAUUCCUGGUAUAUUGUACUCCUUCAGUGAUCGAAGCUUCAGCUCCAAUAUGAAGAUAGACACCCUUGCAUUUCUGAACAGCUUAAUGGUCAACCACAGUCCAGUUGUUUUUCAUCCUCACAUUGCAGUCCUUGUACCGCCAAUCAUUGCUGCUGUAAAUGAUACAUUUUACAAAAUCACAUCUGAAGCUUUGUUGGUUAUGCAGCAACUGGUGAAGGUCAUAAGGCCUUUAGAUGUUCCAUGUAGUUUCAAUUUUGAGCCAUAUGUCAAAGAUUUAUAUGGUUGUGUGUUGUGUCGUUUAAAAGCUGCAGACAUCGAUCAAGAAGUCAAAGAACGAGCCAUCACUUGCAUGGGUCAAAUAAUCCGUAACCUUGGAGACAGUUUAACAGAAGAAUUGAAAACUUGUUUGCCAAUCCUGUUAGAGCGCCUUAAAAAUGAAAUAACACGGUUAACUGCUGUCAAUGCACUAACGAUGAUUGCUGGUUCACCCUUAAAAAUUGAUUUACGUCCAAUUUUGGAAGAAGCUAUACCAAUUCUUGCAACUUUUCUGCGGAAGAAUCAUCGCGCUUUGAAACUGAAAACGUUGGCCUGUCUUGAUGUUCUUGUAAAACAUUAUGGUGUUUAUUUGACUCCAGACAUGAUUGGCAACAUGAUGGAGGAAAUGCCACCACUAAUAAAUGAAAAUGAUCUGCAUGUGUCACAACUGACACUAAAUCUUCUAACAUCCAUCUUACAUAUACAUCCUCCAUCCAUGACUAACAUCCAAGAUAAGAUGUUACCCCAGAUCUUGUUAUUAGUCCAGUCACCUUUGUUACAAGGUGGGGCCCUAGACUCAAUACUUGAAUUCUUUCAGGCUCUUGUCAAUGCUGACCUACCAAAACUUGCAUCCAGAGAUCUACUUUUGAUGCUCAUUACACCUGUAUAUAAUCCUGUGUCUGGGGUGCAAUCAAGUAAUGCUGUUUUAGCUGUACAUAAACAGGCAUUUCAUUCGAUUGCCAAGUGUGUUGCUGCUAUAAUAAGUCAGACAGAAGCUCCCAAAGUUAUUAACCAGUUUGUAGCAGAUAUUAGGCAUGCAAAGGCCUCUGAUUCUGUGAAGCUGUUUUCUUUAUUAGCUCUAGGGGAGAUUGGCCGACAAAUAGAUCUUAGUGGAUAUGGUAAGAUCGAGAAUGUGAUAUUAGAAUCAUUUUCAUCCCAAAAUGAAGAAAUAAAAUCUGCCGCAUCUUAUGCUUUAGGUAAUGUCAGUGUGGGUAAUUUGACCUACUUCCUGCCAUUUGUAUUACAAGAAAUCAAGAAUCAACCUAAAAGACAAUAUCUGUUAUUACAUUCUCUAAAAGAGAUAAUUAGCUGCCAGUCAGUUAACGAAUCCACUGUUGAUAACUUGAAACCAUAUGUAGAAGACAUUUGGUCUAUGUUAUUUGCCCAUUGUGAAUGCCCUGAGGAAGGAACACGAAAUGUUGUAUCAGAAUGUCUAGGGAAAUUAACUCUAAUUGACCCUUCAACGCUGUUGAAUAACCUUAAAAGUUAUUUAGAUUCUCCCUCCCCCUAUACAAGGAGCACUGUUGUUACAGCUGUUAAAUUCACCAUAUCAGACCAGCCACAAGGAAUCGAUUCCUUACUUCGAACAUAUAUUGGUGAUUUCUUGAAAACAUUACAAGAUCCCGACUUAAAUGUACGCCGAGUUGCUCUGAUAACUUUUAAUUCUGCUGCACAUAACAAACCUUCUCUUAUUCGAGACUUAUUGGAUUCUAUUCUUCCACAUCUUUACCAUGAAACAAAAGUCAGAAAAGAACUAAUCAGGGAAGUUGAAAUGGGUCCCUUCAAACACACCCUAGAUGAUGGACUUGACAUUCGUAAGGCUGCAUUUGAAUGUAUGUACACCCUUCUGGAUUCAUGUUUGGAUCGAAUUGAUAUCUUUGAAUUCCUUAAUCAUGUGGAAGAUGGUUUAAAGGAUCACUAUGAUAUCAAGAUGUUAACCUACUUGAUCCUUGUACGCUUGGCACAUCUCUGCUCCAACACCGUUCUACAAAAACUGGACCGUUUAGUUGAGCCAUUGCGAGCUACCUGUACUACAAAGGUGAAAGCACACUCUGUGAAACAAGAGUUUGAAAAACAAGAUGAGUUGAAACGAUCAGCUAUGAGAGCUGUGGCAUCAUUACUCAAUAUUACUGACUCAGCAAAGAACCCAAUUGUGAAUGAAUUUCUAGUACAAAUCAAAGGUAAUUCCGAACUGUCUGCAAUGUUUGAAGCCAUACAGAAAGACGUCUCUUCCACUGGGUCAGAUUCCUUGAUGGACAUCAGCUGAAUGCUCUCAACCCCCUUCUUAGCCCUAACUUUCUUAUCUCUUAUCAUCCUCUGUGCCUUUAUUUACAGCUUGUCUCUUCACGUCCACACUUAUAAUAUACUCAAAAACAAACAAACAAACAAACAUAGAGAUGAUGAUGAAGAAGAAGAAGAAGCAGGUUUCUAUGGCAACCUCUGAAAUAUUGAUUGACUUGCAUUUUCUUCUCCUGGAGAAAAUCAUCUUCUGACUAAGGAAUUACUAUUAACACACGCACACACACACACACUGCUUCUCUCUGUCUGUCUCUCUCUCUCUCUCUUACACACACACACACACACACAUACAUACAUACCCAUACACACAAUUGAUGUCUGAACUUUAGUUUUCUCUGAUUUUCCAUGUCUGUUUAAUGUCAGACCAUUGUUUCAUAAAGAUUUCCUGUUCCUUGCUUUUCUAUUUCCACUUCUUCCCCCCUCUCCCCCUCUCUCUCUCUCUCUCUCUCUCUCUCUCUCUCUCUAAUUAAGUGUGCCAUUAAUUGCAGUUAGCCUCUGUCCAUUUGUCUCACUUGAUCCAUUUAUUGCUGACCUGUUGAUUGCUCGGAUUAUGUUUCUGAUAUGGCGAGAAAAAAAGAAACAAAAAGAAGAAAAAAAAAAAAGAAAAAAGUGAAAAUAAAUAAACAAACACCACCCCA